GCCCCCGGACAGUGCGGCAGUGAGCCCGCCCCGGGAGCAGUGGGGCCCGGGACAGCCGGGCCGGGGACCGCUCCUGCAGGGAUCUGGCUGAAGGGCCCGGCGUGGCCGGCUCCGCAGCGGGCCCUGCAGGGGCGGGGUCCCCGGCGCUAGCACGCGGGGCAGUGGAGUGACCCCCGGCGGCCGAGGCAGCCCCCGAGCUCCGCGCCGCUCGGAUCCGGCUGGCGACUUUGGCUGGGCCCGGCGGCGAUCGCCGCUUCCCGAGACCCCGCACCCACCGCAGGGCCGCUCCGGGCCCGGCAGAAAGCUCCGCCCAGCGCGGCUCAGCCACGCCCCGGUCCGGGCACUGAGCACCGCCCAGGCCACGCCCUAAUUCGGAAGGGGCGGGGUCUCAUGCUCGGCUGUGACGUGGCGAUGGCGGAACUCUACGUGAAACCGGGGAACAAGGAGCGUGGCUGGAACGACCCCCCCCAGUUUUCCUAUGGGCUGCAGAUCCAGUGUGGAGGCCCAAAGCGCCCCCCCCUCACACGCAGGGUCCCUGGCCCAGCCGCUGGAGCCCCCCAAGCCCUGACUCCAGCGAAUUCUGCUCCUCCAACGGUGCCAGCAGCCUUAGCCUCAAAACCUAUGGGGCCGCCCCCUCUUGCUGUGGUCAGCCCUGCUCUGAGGCCCGACGCUGCAAAGCAGGUUGUGAGCCUGGCUGAGGAGGAGUGCGAGGUGAAGGUAGAAGAUGUUCUAGCCCCUCUGAAUGAGACUCUGAGCAUGUGCAGGAACACCGUGCAGAAACAGGUUUGUGAUGACAUCAGCAGACGCCUCACUGUGUUUCGGGAGCUGUGGCUCCAGGGAAAGCUGUCUGCCCCUGUGAGGAAGAGGAUGAAUAUCCUGGUGCAGGAGCUCCAGCGGCGGCACUGGGAUGUGGCUGAUGAAAUCCAUCGCUCGCUCAUGGUGGACCAUGUCAAUGAAGUCAGUCAGUGGAUGGUGGGAAUCAAACGGUUAAUUGCUGAAGCAAGGAACUUGCCUCCUGGAGACUUGGUUGUAAAUGAUGAGCAGGGAGCUGGAGCUCAGCCAGCCGAAGAGGCCCUGUGAGCCAGGUGGUGGAGCUCUUGGCCACUGGGAUUAUUUCUCAUUGCUGUAGUGGGAAAAUAGCAAGACUCCUCCAUCCCCGAAGAAUUUCUGGCUUCUCCCAUGUCUCACUGUACUGCCUCUGAGUGUCCAAUUCCGGAUCUGCUCUGCACCAAGGAGAGGCUUUCUUACCACCAAUAGAUCUCGGGGCAACUUGCUGCAUAUGAUACUGAAUAAAAAUUAUUGAUCUUUCAG